UGAGAGAGGGGAGAAAGAGUGAAAGACAGAGAACAGGAGACGUAGGGGAGAAUAUUAGCAACUGCUGGAGAAGGAAAUAAUACAGAAGGUGAAAAAGAGAGAGUCUGUUCAAUUUCUUAUUUUUCUAAGAGAAGAAGGGAGCCAGGGUGGCAAGGCAGGAGAGAGAAGACAAGUCUUCAGAAGUGGGACUACCCAGCAGUGGGAGGUUUCUCCAGGGAGGUUUUAGGUGAUCUUUGGCAGCAACCCCUCCUCUCCACUGGGAGUCAGACCCCCAGAAUCCAGAGCCAUGGAGCCCUCUGUGUCGACUGAGGUCGAGGGGGAGUCCAAGGAGAGAAAGAAGAUCCACUUUGCUGUGCCGGCCUCUGUGCCCACCAACCUUGACCCUCGGCAAGUGGAGAUGAUCCGGCGCAGGAGGCCCACGCCUGCCACGCUGUUCAGAGUAGCCGACCAAUCAUCUCCUGAUGAUGAUCAGUCUACCCAUCAGGUAAAGUGGGUCGUAGGAGAGAACGGAGUGCUCAAACCAAAACGUGUCAAUCCAAACGUGUAUCAGCCUCCAUCACUCAGAGCUGUGCAGAAGAUGGCUGAAGCACAUAUGCAGAACCUAGGUGUCUACCCCCCUUUGGAAGACCCUUGUGGGGAGGAGGAUGAGGACCACUGGCAGGGACAGGAGGGAGAGGACACAUCUCCCGCCAAAGCUGCUGAUCACCAUGAGAUGGCGACCACUGAGCAGUCAGUGACAUUUUCCAGCGUGAGAGAGACGGCCAUGCAGAUCCAAGCAGCACAGGAGGAGGAGGAGGAGGAAGAGGAGGAGGAGGAGGAAGAGGAGGAGGAGGGGGGUGACAAGAUCAAGGAAACGACAGAGGAGAACAGUCGAGGGAGUAACUGAGAAAGAGAGAAAGAGGGGCAAACAUUUGGAGGGAAGAACUGGAGAGUGUGAAGGUGUUUUUUUUUAAAUGUUUAAAAUUUGAAGAACGCAGAAGAGGUGAGGAAAUAGAUGUUCUGUUUUGUGGAUGUGGAAACUGAGUGAGGGACGAGAGCAGUGGGCCGACUGAAUGAAAGAUACGUCCUUGAAAUCCAAUAUGUGAGUUAGCAAAGACUUCUGCAGUGGAUUAAAGAGAGCACAGAGAGGGAGUUUGUGUAGUAGCGGUCAGCUCUUAUGAGCAGGUGAGGAAUGAUCUACUGACAGAGCAGACUACAGACGCCACUUUGGCCACAAUGUCCCUUUGUUUGUAAUGAGAGUGGAGGGGCCAAGGUCAACAUGACCAAAUACCCUGUAAGACCAGUUCUCCCUCUACCUUGAUUCUUCUGCACAAAGCUAAAUGUUCCUUUAAAGAGGACAAUACUUACAAAAUAACUCACACACAUGUCUCUUGGGCACAUUGUUAACACAGACUGUAAAAAUGUUUAAAUAUGUGUGGUAUAUGUUCCACUUUAUUUUGAAACCUCUGUUCACGCCAUCAUUCUGAUUUGCAGCAUAUUAAAUGUUUGUAUGUACUGCCACCUUGUGGUAGGAAAUAUGAACAGGUUUAAAGUGAUACUCCAGCCAACAUCCAUCUUGCAUCCAAGCACCUAAAUUUAUAGUUCUUAAUAUUUUUAUGUAUUGAAAUCAAGUUUUAAUGCUGUUUAUGAUAAAACAUUAUUUCACCAAUACCCAUGUAAUGUAUUCACAUUCUGUUAUUGCAUCUCUAUGCAGUAGUUCUCAUUGUUAGUGACAGUCUGCCAUUCCCAUGUGGGAUUCAAAUUGCCUACCUAAGCAGAAGGGAUGCACAACAUGAUGCAUCAUGUAAUCUGGAAUUACUUUAAACAACUUCAUCUCAUUGAUAUCAAUGAUAAUCUUUUGGAUAAUAACUGUAACCUCUUGAAAGCAGGAUAGGUGACUAUUGGCAGUUUAAUUUAUACUUAGUAAUAUUUUCCAAAAAGUCAAUCCAGAGCCAGUGAGUCUAUAAUAAAAAUAUUGUUUGCAGUGGAGCAUCACUUUAUGUAUGACUCAACAAUAAGCACCAACAUGUUUGUCUAUAAUUGUGUUAAAUCCAUGAGAAAGUGAGUGUGUGUGUGUGUGUGUGUGUGUGUGGUUAUUUCGUACCACACUUUUCAUAUUUGGGUAUACUUAAAAUGAAUCUUUAAAGGGCAAAGCUACCUCUAAUUUGUCUGAAAUACCGAACCCAACCAUUACCAUCACACGUCUGAACGUGAUUCAUUGUGAACUGAGCUCAUGUUAAGGAAACAAACAAUGUAAUUUAAAAUUUUCUCCAAUACCGUUGACUCAUUUUGGGAUGUUAACACUUUUCUAUUGUCAUCUUUGGAAUCGUUCACUCAUGAUUUGUAUUCCAUGGAUCUGUUGUAAGAGCUAUUUUUCUAAGCUAACAUUCAGUGUAUUUGUAGCUCAGCUCUGUCCUGUCUCUAGUGUCUAUGUCCAGCUCACAAGCCUGCAUAUAGGAUGCAACACAGACAGCUUAAAACCAGACACUGCAGUUACUGUAUGACUGACAUUUGAGCAAAAUGGUCACUACACAAACUUUCUGUAGUCUUUUUAUCAGAGCUAUUCACUUUGUCCCUUUUUAUUGGGAGUCAACAACGAUUUUCAAAUGUUUUAGUCAGCAUCUAUUGAAUUUAACUAACAGUUUAACCGAAGAUACAAGAUCUGGUGUAUAAGUGGGUUUAAAGUUGUGCCACAGAAUGAAUACAUCAUGCUGUUUGUAUCACCAGGGGUGUGAUUUGUAUAUCAAAACUGUGUGAAACUUUUUCAACCUCUGACCUGAGACAAAUUGUGGGAUGACUGGAUGAGCAGGUUGUGUGUGGUGAGGCUCUGCAGCCGACGCUGUCCUCCCUCCUUCGCUCUCUGUCCACCUCUCCUCUCCUCCUGGGUCAGAAGAAAACAACCACAGGAAGACAUGUAUGAACUCUUAUGCUUAUUCUGUCUUUAUUUUUAUUUCUAUUUUCUUGUUUCUCAAUGUGAUGUGGUUGUUUUAAAGUGAGCAACACUAUGAUAUCAAAAUAAAUAGCUUUUCCUUUUCUCCUUU